AUGGAUUAUGAUGAUGACGAUUUAGACUAUAGCUCUCAUGAAGAAGAAGAGUUUGAUGAGAAUAAGUUGAAUAAUGACGAGUACAACUUGUUGCAUGAUACGCUUCCUGCACUCAAGGAGAAACUAAAGUCAUACAACGACGAAAUACCAGAAUACGAUUUGAAGGAGGCGUUAUACUACAACUAUUUCGAAAUAGAACCCACCGUCGAAGAAUUAAAAUCAAAGUUCAAAAAGAAGAAAAUCACCAAAGCCAAAGAGAAUUUCACCCAGCCAUCGCCUGACGAUGUGGUACUAAAUGCCCAGAAGCAAGCAUUUGAAGGUGUAGCCAACUUGAAGAUUGCCCCACCGAAACAAACCAAACCAUUCAAGAAAGUCGAUAUCAGCAAAGCACUUUUAUCCCCCGAUUAUGCUAAACCACGCAAGUCUUUUGUUGUUAUUGGGCAUGUCGAUGCAGGGAAAUCCACAUUAAUGGGAAGACUUUUGUAUGAUUUUGGAAUUAUUGAUGCCAAGACAGUUAACAAACUAGUUAAGGAAGCAGAAAAGGCCGGCAAGGGAUCGUUUGCACUUGCUUGGGUGAUGGACCAGACUGAAGAAGAGAGGUCGCAUGGUGUUACUGUUGAUAUAUGUGCCACUGAUUUUGAAACUGACACCACCAAAUUCACUGCCAUUGAUGCUCCUGGACACAAGGAUUUUGUUCCGCAAAUGAUUAGUGGGGUAUCGCAAGCUGAUUUUGCGUUGUUGGUUGUUGAUUCGAUUUCGGGCGAGUUUGAGGCGGGGUUUGCGUUAGAUGGCCAGACCAAGGAGCAUACAAUUUUAGCCAAGAAUUUUGGACUAGAGAAGAUAUGUGUUGCUGUUAACAAGAUGGAUAAGGAGAACUGGGAUGAACAUCGAUUUGAUGCUAUAAAGAGCCAGAUGACAGAGUUUUUGACCAGCCCGGAGGUAGACUUUGAUAAGAGUCAGAUAGAUUUUAUUCCGAUUUCGGGGUUGACGGGGAAUAAUGUUGUCAAGAGAGAUUUGUCGGUGGACUCGUUCAAAUGGUACGUGGGCCCGACUUUGGCAGAGUAUAUUGAAGGGGUGGAAAUUGAUGCUGGGUCUAGAGACAGUCUUGCAUCUGAGCCAUUUUUUUUAUCGGUGCAUGAUGUGUAUAAAGAUAAAGGGGAAUUGAAAGUGAGUGGUAAAGUCAGUAGUGGGGUGAUAUCUUCUGGCGAAACGAUUGUGGCCUUGCCAAGUGGGGAAUCAUUGCAAGUGCAAUCGCUAAAAGUUUCGAAAAAACCAGUUGACUUUGCCAUAUCUGGUGAGUUAGCACAAAUAGCAUUCAAGACAAGCCAAAUAUCCAAUGAAAGCGUUGAUCAGAUUAGAAUUGGGGACUUGAUUACCAAACCAGGGUCGCCAGUGAAAACUGCGCACAAACUUUUAGUGCUGCUUCAUUUGUUUAACAUGGACAAGCCGUUGUUGGUGGGCACGCCAUUUGUUUUGUUUAGGAAUAAUACCCAAGUGCCAGCAAGGGUUUCCAAAAUUGUCGAAGUUGUCAAUGGCAAGAAGAAGAAGAAGGUAUUGCAUUUGGUUUCAAGGCAGACUGCGAUAGUGGAGAUUGCACUUACCAAUGCAUUGCCGGUUACAAAAUUCGACGACAAUAAAGUGCUAGGCAGAAUCGUUAUAAGAAGAGAGGGUACAACUAUUGGCGCAGGUACGGUUAUUGAUUUUUCAGAAUGA